AUGUUUGCAGGUAGAACGCGAAAACUAUCGAGUGGUUCUCGAGUACAACGAGGAGCAAUUCAGGGAAUUGUUAUCUAUAAUGGAAAUGCUUCGUUACCAUCAGAUUCAAAAUUCUACAUUAAACUAAUCGAUACAAGUAUAGAUGAUGAAGUACUUUCAAAAUCAUACAUGGAUAUUGAAAAGUUUCCCAUUAAGUUUAAACUGGUAUAUCCAUUACAUAACGUCCGACGGCUUGGAACAUACAUGAUAUCUGUUCGAAUCAUACAAAAUAAUAAAACAUUAUUUAUCAAAGAUAUGAAUUUGAAUCUACCAGUUGUAUUUACAAAGAAGAAACAAGUACAAAAUAUCACUAUUCCAGUCAAUGAACCACCUCCUUAUUACCCUAACAUUGAAAAACUAACACCACUACAAUUCAAAGUAACACAACGAAGUGGUACUGAAGAAGUGAGUAGUAUUUAUACGUGUGUUGUUUGUAACAAAACAUUAUUCAGUUCUGAACAUAAAUAUGAAAGUGGAACGGGUUGGCCCUCAUUUUAUCAAGCAGCCUUUCAUGAUAGUGUUGGAACAACAAAAGAUACAAAAUACGGAAUGAUUCGAACAGAAGUUCAUUGUAAAAAUUGUGGAGCUCAUCUGGGACACGUGUUUGAAGAUGGUCCAAAACCGAGUGGUUUACGCUACUGUAUUAACGCUGUUGCAUUAAAUUUUAUUGAACAAGUGAAACAAAAAUAG